ACCAGUGCAUGACAUCAUGGUAAAGGGACACAGCAUAAGUACCCUCCAGUACUGGCUUUUGGAUGUCAAGCACAACUUGAGACAGAUCAAAUGGAAGAACGAGCGUGGCCGUCACGGAGAAGCCUACAAGCCGACCGAUGUGGAACACAUUGCCAACAUCAUCACUCAUGGGGUGUGGAUACUACCGAGCAUCUUCUUCGCUCUGAGCCUAUACCGAGAAUCCGAUGUGUACUACGAGGCCUACGCUAGCGUCAUCUACGGCUCGGCGUUGAUUCUCCUGUUCUCCGUAUCCACCGUCUUCCAUCUGAUCUCAUUCGCCUAUCGGGAUAGCUUUUGGCGUGACGUGUUCCAUCGACUGGAUCGGGGCGUCAUCUACUUCUUCAUCGCCUCGUCCUACACACCCUGGCUGGUGCUGAAGGAGGUGCCAGACUCGGGAUGGUCGGUUCACCUCAGGUGGGCGAUCUGGAUCCUGGCCGGUCUCGGGGUGCUCUACCAGCAGCUGUUCCACGAGCGGUACAAGUGGCUAGAGACCCUCAUCUACCUGGUGAUCGCCAUAGCACCCUCGCUCUGCAUCUAUGAAAUGACUGACGUCAGCGGCGUCACGGAGCUCAAGUACGGCGGUCUGGUGUACGUGCUGGGCGUCGUUUUCUUCAAGCUGGACGGCCGCCUGCCGAUGGCUCACGCCGUCUGGCAUUUGUUCGUCGUGGUCGGAGCUACCAUACACUAUCAGUCGGUGAUGACCUACCUCCUCGAGGCACACGUGCCAAAGCCGUGGGCGAACGGCGUUGGAGGCUCCAUGGACGAGUUAUAACGCUGGAGACCAGUAGGUAGAGUACGCCCAUUGGACGGGCGUAAUGUCGGCAGCGGUAAGAGCUCUGGCCGGUCGCGCUGGGCUGAGACAGGGUAUGUGUUAACCUGGCUGGAGGUGUAGCUUAGGAAGGUAGCCUAGUUGGUGAGUCAAGAAGUGAGACAAGAAGUUAAGAGCCGCAGGUGAGAACUAGUAGCGACGGUGGGAUGGUAGGAAAGAUGCUACACUACGAUAUGGAAGCGGUUACACCGAACAGGGUCCUGUCGCCUUGGCCUUUAGUCAGCCUGGUUGCUGGUCGCAGUUACGAGCGGGGCCUGCUAGGCGCUUAUUAUUUGGGACUGCUGGCUGGUUGAGGACCUCGCCGUUGUGUUCUUGGGAGAUCAUAAUUAUCCCGCCAGUACACCAGAGCUUAUUAUCGUGACGUAACUAGUAACUGGUGUUAAUUAGUGUCACGUUGCAUAUGAUAGUGAUUUAGUGGUUAUUUUGGUGUUUUUAACUGUAGAGUUGGUGUUGCACCAAAUGAUUGUGGGUGAUUGGUGGUGCACUUCCCUUACCCUGUUUUGGGAGCUUAAGGAAAUUCGUGUUUUAAUCGGGCGUUUUUCCGCCCUCGAAGCUGAAAUGCUAUUUAUUGAUGUCGUUUUCGAGGCCCACGGGCGUCCAAUUGCGCUUAUCAAUGUACAAAACGACGAUAUUGAUGGCAGUAAUUGGUGUUCAUAGGUUGUUGGCUAAAUGUCGGCUAUAAUAGCUUGCACUGUGUCUUAUUGUUGAAAAAAAAAAACUGCUGGAAUAUGCCGCAAUGCAAUCAAUGGUACUGUAUACCGUUACAAAGCUGUAGCUCUGUUGAUGAAACGUCCUAAUCCCGUUGCAAUGUGAACGAAUGUUGACAACGAGCGUCCUGGUGAUGUGGCACCCGUCCUUCUCUUUCUGUUGGUGAUUUUUGCCAGGUGUGGUGUCGGUUGCUUUCUCUGUGAUCUGUACGCUAGUGAUCCGAUGUGUUUGUGUGCGGGCUCGCUGUGGAUAGGCGCGUGCGUGUAAUCUGUGAUCAGAAUGGUCUAUUUUCUGGCGGAUAGGAAGGAAGGUUGCGAGAGGACUUUGAUGGUUAUUUAUUUUGGUUGUGACUUACUUUACCAUGAUUUCGUAGGUUAAUGUGAGAUGUAUGUCUGCUUUGUUGGAAUUUCUCCUGGUAGACGGACUCGAUGUUUCUUGCUGUUAAUCCAGAUGCUGGUGCUUAAAUCAGUUCAUGGCUCUAAGAACAAACGGCGUGAUAUUUAUCGUACCAGGCUGCUUAAUUAAUUAAGAGACUUUUCCUGCAGACCUUCCUUUUGACAUUUUAACUUUAUGUGUCAAAACCUGUGUCAAAUUCAUGCCACAGUUAGGAUUGCUGUUUUCCGAAGCUCUGGCUGUAGAGUGAACUGCGAACUGGAACACAAGCGAUGAAAUUUUGCAGCCACGCUGUCCUCCGUUCUCCCCUUUCUGUGGAUGACAAAUUACGAUGCGUUCGGGUUGAACCGCUUCGGGUUGCGUUCGGGUUGAACCGUUCGGGUUGGUUCAUGUUUCAGUAGAAACAUGAAUAAGUAAUAUCAGGGAUAAAUUUGAAUGCAUUUGUGGUCGGGCUGAGAUGUAAAAAUAGGACCAUUCAUUGGUACCUCGAUGUGGAGCCUUGAGUGCGAUGAAAUGUCUUCAACCGUUCGCCGCUUUCAAAGGUUCUGAAAUCCGGCAUGUACUUAUACUUUCCCACAGCGUUUUCUUGUACGACCAAAACGUUCUCAGGGCAAUGCCAUGUAUCCUUAGCUUCAACCUGGCUAUCCUUGUGCAAUGGUUCCGUACAAGUAUCGCAUACACUUGUCGAUACUACGGACUUCCAAGUCUAUCCAAAUUUGCCCCUCUUGUCUUUAUCUUCGUGCGCUUUAAAUGUUUAUCAUGUGCUCGUUGGUGUUCACUGUUCAGUGAAUAUGUUUAGCCCUCCCAUCAACUGAAACUGCCUACUGUGUUAGCCAAGUACACCAUGUUGUAGAGUUACCAUGUGCUGUAGAUGUUGUAGUCUUUGCUGUCGUGUCGUGACCUCGCCAAGUAGGCUGUGUUGUAGCCAAUACACCAUCGUGUGAA